AUGGCGGGCACUCGUGCUGCCCGGCCGGAGAUCCUCACCGGGGGAGAGGCGUCUCUUGUCCCCCCCUCCCUGCGCAGGCCGGUCUUCGCUAGGCAUCUUCGUGGGUGCUCGGGGCUGGGAAGGCACGAAGGACGCGUGGCUGCCAAUUCCAGAGGCACUACUUAUCUGUUGAAGGACAGUAUCCCAGUUGCUGAUUUUUCAGCUUCAGGAUCAUUUGAAGGUUAUGAUCUCCUGCGUAGAGGCUUUACAAGUGUGAAAAAUGAGUUGUUGCCCAGUCACCCUCUGGAGUUGUCAGAAAAAAAUUUCCAGUUAAAUCAAGAUAAAACAAACUUUGAUACACUGAGAAACAUUCAAGGACUCCAUGCAACUUUGAAGCUGCAGAUGGAAUUCAGAGCAGUGAAACAGGUCCAGCGUCUCCCCUUUCUUCACAGCGCAAACAUAGCACUGGAUACUCUGAGGGGAAAUGAUGAAUGCAUCAGUUUUGAGGAUAUCCUUAAUG